AUGUCUUCUCUGUAUUCGAACGAUACUUUAAUUUCAAUUUUAAACAAUGCAGCAGCUCAAAUUAAUCGUUAUUUCGCGCUAUUUAUCUUUUUCUUUGGUAUUGGUGGAAAUAUUCUCAACAUUUUAGUUUUAGGACAACGAAAUUUUCGAUCAAAUCCAUGUGCUUUAUUUUUUCUUGUUUCAUCUAUUGCAAACAUCAUUAGUAUACUUGCAGGUUUAACAAGUCGAAUGUUAUCUGGAUGGACAAUUGAUCUGACAAAUACAAUAACAUGGCUUUGUAUAUUUCGUACUUUUGUUGCAUGGGUAUCAAGAACAUUCUCUAUGUGGAUCAUUGCAUUAGCUUCUCUUGAUCGAUGGUUAUUAACAUCAAUCAAUAACUAUCGACGACAAAUGAGUACAUUAAAAAAUGCUUAUCGAGCUAUGAUUAUUAUAUUCAUUCUCUCAAUAUUGGUUUUUAUUCAAUUAUUCUUCUGCUUUGCUGCGAAUAUUCCAAAUACUCCAUCAAAAUGUUAUGGUAAAACUGAAACAUGUCGAUUAAUUACAGAUAUAACUUAUACGUUGAUUAUCCAUGCAAUUCCAAUCUUUCUUAUGUUUUUAUUCGGUACAAUGACAAUAUCAAAUAUUCGCUCCAGACAACAACGAAUUCAACCUCAAGAAAUUAUUUCAACAAUGGCAACAAAUAUUCAAGUUAGACGAUUAAAAGGAAUCGACCAACAUUUACUUCUUGUAUUACUAAUGCAAGUGAUUGUCCUUUCAGUUUUUACAAUGCCAGGUGGUAUUCAAAGACUCUAUUCAACAUUUACAUUAACAUUUUCUAAAAGUCCUCUCCAGCAGGCAAUAGAAAAUUUAAUCUACAAUAUUGUUGCUCUUUUGACAUCUUUGGCAACUGGUGCGUCAUUUUAUAUUUUUACGUUAUGUGGUGGAAAACUAUAUCGAAAUGCAGUUCGAGAUUUAAUUUAUACGGUUUUCAGAAAAGUCAAAUGUAGAUGA